AGUAUAUACGGAGUCCGUCGAUGUUUACCUAUUCGAUAAUUUUCUGCAUAAUUUUUUUUUAGCUCAACAUAUUUUUAGAUAUUUUUUGAUAUUUUUUAUAUAUAUAAGCCAAAAUGUCUCCCUUAGAUUUUAUUCGAACGCCAAAGGUGGAUAAUGUGAAACUUUUAGACAAUGUUUUGAAGCGUAAAGGAACAGUUGGAACUUUACAUUUGACAACAACUCACAUGAUAUUUAUUGAUCCUAAGGGUGCAAAAGAAACUUGGAUUUUAUAUAACCAUAUUGCUACUGUUGAAAAACUACCUAUAACUGCUGGUGGUUCUUCAAUACGCGUGAAAACAAAAACAUUCUGGAACAACACUUUCGUCAUUACACGUGAGAGGGAAUGCAUUGACGUUUAUGAUACUAUAAAUCACCUUGCUAAUCCAGUAAAUUAUGAAGACUUGUACGCAUUUCAUUACAAUCCUAAGGAGGAAACAUUAUCUCAAUCUGCAGGAUGGAAUCUGUAUAAUGUGGAUAUAGAAUACAAUAGAAUGGAAACUCCACCUGAAUUAUGGGUUCCUUCAACUCUGAAUAUUGAGUAUAAGCUUUGUGAAACAUAUCCCAGUAUUGUUUAUUUGCCGACAUCAGCCACUGUGGAGGUUAUAAAAGCUUGUGCAUUAUUUAGAAGCAAAAACCGUCUACCUGUUUUAUCUUAUUAUAACAAAUCAACUAAAACAUCAAUUUGUCGAUGUGCUCAACCAUUGGCUGGUUUGAGUUCACGAUGUGCUGAAGAUGAGCAAAUGUUACAGGAUAUAAUAAAAUCGACUCCAGAUGCUAAUCGAAUUUAUAUAAUAGAUACAAGACCUAAAAUCAAUGCUAUGGCGAACCGUGCUGCUGGUAAAGGUUAUGAAAAUGUGGCUCAUUAUGAUAAUAUUGAUUUUCAUUUUAUUGGCAUAGAAAACAUACACGUUAUGCGACAGAGCUUACAAAAACUAAUAGAAGUAUUUGACUCUGAAAAGCAGUUAACAAUGUCAUCGUAUUUAAAAGGAAUUGAAGACUCAGGUUGGCUCAAACACAUUAAAAGUGUAAUGGAUACAUCAUUAUUCAUUGCAAAGGCAAUCAGCAUAGAGAAGCGAACUGUUGUGAUUCAUUGCUCUGAUGGGUGGGACAGAACAGCUCAGGCGUGUUCACUUGCAGAAAUACUUCUUGACCCAUACUAUAGGACAAUACAUGGUUUUCAAAUUUUAAUAGAAAAAGAAUGGUUGUCAUUUGGUCAUAAAUUUACUCACAGAUGUGGUUUGUUAAUGCAUGAUGCUAAAGAGGUCUCUCCUAUCUUUACACAGUUUCUGGAGUCAGUUUGGCAAUUAAUGAAUCAAUUUCCAACAGCUUUUCAAUUUAAUGAGAGAUUUCUUUUAGAAAUUCAUGACCAUCUCUAUUCGUGUCAGUUUGGUACUUUCCUUGGUAACUGCGAGAGAGAAAGAGUUUUGUUAAAGCUUUCAUCAAAAACUUAUUCUCUUUGGGGUUACAUGUGGCAAAAUUUACCAGAUUACAUCAAUCCGUUUUAUAAAGACAGCACUCAUUCUGUUUUGUGGCCUUCUACUGCACCUCAAGAAUUUAAGUUCUGGCGCAGUUUGUACAACAGAUACAAGAAUGAUGUGCACCCAAGGGAAUCAAUUGCAGAUUAUGUUUGCUCACUUAAUGAUCAUAAUGACUCUUUAAAAGAUCACAUUCGAUAUAUUCAAAAGAGAAUAGAAGCGAUAAAGUCAAACAUCAAUAAAAAGGUUCUUAAUGCGGUUAACGAGGAAACGAACGCAGUUCAAAAUCUCUCCAAAGAAAGCCAGAAACUCUCUUUAAAUAAUGGGAUCCAAAACGGGGAGUUACCGAAUGCUGCAUCAAGUAAUCACUCUUUUGAUAUGGCUGAUGGUGAAAUAGACUCGAAAAAGUCGUUUGAAGACUGUUUUUUACGUAAGGCAGAUUCAGUUCCUAAUUUGGCAACUGAUAUAGCAUCAUUUGCAUUAGAUUGGGAUUCAUUUAGAGAUGUUACUCAGUGUUCGUGUGGAAAACCUAUUGGUUAUCUUAGUAGGAAGUACCAUUGCUGGAACUGUGGGCAUGUGUUUUGUUCUCGUUGUGUUGACCACUCCUCUGCAAUACCUGGACAUUAUUCGGAGAAUAAAGUUCCAGUCUGCAAACCUUGUUAUAAGAUUCUAAGAAGAUAACUAUUUUUUAAAUUCUUUAAUUUAUUAUUUUUUACGUAAUGUUUUGUAAAUGAAUUUCAUUUAUCAUAUCGGACAAAUUGUUUUGUGAAAUUAAAUAACUCCUGUGAUAUAA